AUGGGACGCAACAUCGACCAUCGCCUCCCUGACUCUUCUGGUCCUGAAGAUGAUACCAUCACGUCAAGAGCUGGUUCUGGGGCUCAAAGUAGUCCUCCAGACGAACACACUGGCCUCCUCGUCAAACAUGCGGACGGUAUAUCAGGAAAAGACGAGCUGAGCGAAGAUGGGGAAAGCAGUUGGAAGCGCACUGCCAGGGAGUUCUGGAUCUUGUUCAAGGGAUCCGUCCCCGUGAUCCUCGCCUAUGCUCUCCAAAACAGCCUGCAAACAAUCUCGGUCUUGGUCGUCGGUCGACUCAGCCCCGAGGCCCUAUCCGUUGCCGCUUUCUGCUACAUGUGGGCAAUGGCUACGGCUUGGCUAAUCGGGAUGGGGGGAACAACGGCCAUCGACACUCUGGCAAGCGCAUCUUUUACUGGAAGCAAGAACAAGAGUGACCUGGGCAUCAUCCUGCAGCGCGCUUUCGUGGUGUUGACAGCUUUCUACGUUCCGGUGGUCAUCUUGUGGUUCUUCUCGGCCCCAAUCUUUCGGGCGUUAGGCCAAGAAGAAUACAUCGCUCGAGACGGGGGAGCCUUCCUCAUGGUCCUUAUUCCAGGCGGCCUUGGAUACAUCUACUUCGAAUGCAUGAAGAAGUUCCUACAAGCGCAGAGCAUCAUGCGGCCAGCGACAUAUGUACUCCUGAUCACCUCACCCAUCAACGCCGGGCUCAACUUCUUGUUCGUAUACACAUUCGACAUCGGUCUCCUGGGCGCACCUCUCGCCACCAGCAUCAGCUAUUGGCUGAGCUUUCUAUUGCUGCUGGCGUAUGCGCGCUUUGUCAACGGCUGGGAAUGUUGGGGAGGCUUUGACAGAAGAUGCUUCCAAAACCUAUGGACCUUUUCGAGGAUCGCCGCUUUCGGUGUGGUUCACGUGGGCACGGAAUGGUGGGCUUUCGAGAUCGUUGCCAUCGUAGCUGGCCAGCUCGGGAGUGUUUCGCUGGCCGCGCAGAGUGUGAUCAUGACCGCGGACCAGGUGAUGUAUACGAUACCCUUCGGGCAAGGAGUCGCAACUUCAGCCAGGGUCGGGAACCUACUCGGAGCUCGAGAUGCUCGCGGUGCAGCUCGAGCGGCCAACACUGCUGCUGUGCUCUCAAUGGGCCUUGGCCUCGUUGUGUUGGCGAUUCUGAUGGGCACGAAAGACAACUUCGCAAGACUUUUCAACAAUGACGAGGAUGUUGUCUCUGAUGGGCUCAAUGGCAGCUGCGGCGGAUCAUUGCGUGGCAUGGGACGACAGCACAUAGGCGCAGCUGUGAAUCUUCUCAGCUAUUACUGCGGAGCUCUGCCUCUUGGCAUCUGGCUCGCGUUCCAUGGCUGGGGUCUGGCGGGUCUCUGGCUUGGGCAAUGCAUCGCCCUAUACCUUGUGGGCUUUAUCGAGUGGGCGAUUGUUGCUUUCAGCAACUGGGACAAGCAAGUCAAGAAGGCAUUCGAACGGAUGGAUCCAAGCGAAAGGGCGGAGAUUGGCGAAAGCCAAGGCAGUUGA